AUGAGCUUGCAUUAUAAAUACACGGCAACCCACAAGGAUUGUUUGUGUAGUGGAAAGAGAACCAAUUUAGUCUCUCAGUAUUCCAUGGCCAAUAACAGCAGCGCUGAGAAGCAGCGAGCGCGGGUGCUAGUUUGUGUGACGGGAGCAGGGGGCUUCAUUGGGUCACGGGUGGUGAAGGAGCUCCUCCUCCGUGGCUACCGUGUAAGGGGAACGGCUAGAGACCCAGCGGACCGCAAGAACGUCCACUUGCAAACCUUGGAGGGGGCCAAUGAGAGGCUAUCCUUGCACCGUGCCGAUGUCCUGGACUGCGACAGCCUCCGUGCCGCCUUCGAUGGCUGCCAUGGCGUCUUCCAUGUCGCCUCUCCAGUGUCUAACGAUGUUGAACUCAUGCCGGUCGCAGUGAAGGGGACCAGAAACGUGGUGAACGCUGCGGCGGACAUGGGCGUGCACCGCCUUGUUUUCACUUCUUCGUAUGGCGCGGUGCACAUGAACCCCAACAGAAGCCCAGACACCGUGCUAGACGAGACAUGCUGGAGCGACUAUGAAUUCUGCAAACAGACAGGCAAUUAUUAUUGUUGUGCCAAGAUGAUGGCAGAUAAGGCAGCAACGGAGGAGGCAGCCAGGAGGGGGCUGCAGCUGGCGGUUGUGGUGCCGCCAAUGACCAUCGGUCCCAUGCUGCAGCGGUCUCUAAACGGCAGCAACUACUACGUCGCAAGGUACCUGAUGGGCACAAAGAAGGCCUACCCCAACGCCGUCGCCAUCUAUGCCGACAUCCGUGAUGUCGUACGUGCCCAUCUCCUCGUCUACGAGCACCACCGCGCCCGCGGCCGCUAUGUCUGCUUCGGCACGGCGCUACACCGCAGUUGCCUCCUCCGGUUGCUCAGGGGUCUUUUUCCACACUAUCCUAUCACUUCCAAGUGCGAAGGGAACGACAAGCCCAUGGUGCGCCCGUACAGAUUCUCCAAUCAAAGACUGAAGGACUUGGGGUUAGAAUUCACUGAUGACAUGAGGAAAACUCUAUACGAAACUGUAAUAUGCCUGCAACAGAAGGGCCAUGUGCGUCUCAUCAUGCCAAAUCAGCAUUCGAGCUUAUAG